UCCGCAAGAUGGCCGCCGCAGCGCUGCUGUUCGCGCUGCAGCUGGCGGUCGCCAGCGCUGGCAAGUGUACCACUGGUUUCUCGGUGGUCGCGCCAGAGGUGGCGGUGCCGGGCAAGACAACAGCGAUCUUGGUUACCCUGCACGGCCGCGCCGGGGACCAGCCUGACCCUCUCAACGUCACUGUCAGGCUGGAGACUCAGGACGACGACAAUGUGGUCAAACAACUGACUUCGGCCAGCCAAAUGAUAAAUGGUUACGGCAUCAUCCCGCUGAAGAUACCGCUAUCCCCAGCAACCCACUGCACACUACACACCACUGUGGGGUGUGUGGGUAAUGACGAGUGUACUGCGAAGAGCCACAGUGUCAUCCGGCUGCUUGGCCCCGUCAGGGACGUCAUCGUGCGGCCUGCUCGCCACCACUACAGGCCUGGGGAGACAAUAACGUUCUGGAUCCUGGCCCUCGACCACGACCUACGCUUGGUCCAGGGAGAACUGGCCUACGUGGCACUGCGAGACCCGGCCGGCACCAAAGUGGCAAUUUGGGCCCAGCUGUCUAUGGAUGAAGGUGUUCGCAAGCUCAGCGCGGCCCUGGCUAACGGUGCGCGUGCUGGCACCUGGCGCAUCGAGGCCCGCUGCGGUGGAACUGAAGCUCGUGUGGAGCUGACUGUCGGCGCGGGCGCGGGUAGCACGGCGCCAGCUGCGCCGGCCGCUGAGCAACACUAUGUCGAGCUGCGGUUCGCGGACAGCAUGCGGAGGCGGUACAAGCCUGGCCUGCCGUUUGUUGGGAGGGUAGAAGCAAUGAGCACGGAGAAAAGGGUGCGUGUUCGAGUCAAGUUGUACGAUGACAAGACUGACAUCUACAGUCAAGACAUCGAUAUGUCAACGGGCGAGGGUGGCUUCAUCGUACCCACGGUUAUGGCGGAUGCUCCUUAUGUUAAUCUGCAGGCUGAACUGGUCGCAGUGGAAGGCAAAGAGAUUGAAACACACUACGUUUUGGCUCGAGAGAGAAUUCGGCGAUGGAACUCCACCUCCAAGUGUUAUCUUCUAGUUGAAAAUCUUCCAACACCUCUUCAGGCUGGCAGCGUAGCGAGCGCUAGCGUGUGGUCGUCCUGCGGUUGCCGACAGCGGUUGCUGGCCGCCGUGACGACCGGCGGUCGCGCCGUGCACUGGGCGGCCGUUCCGGCGCGCGACGCUGCCAACAACGCUGACCUAUGCCGGUUCAACUACACGUUUCCGGUGACAGCAGACAUGGCGCCUGUCAGCUCGCUGCUAGUCUAUUACGUGACGGGAGAAGGGGAACCAGUCAGUGACGUCGCCAGCUUCCACGUACGGUUGCUGCAUAAAGAGGUCGCCGUGGCCGUGGAAGAGAGACGCUGGUGGUACCCGCGUGCCGCGCUCCAACUUCGCGUGCUAGCUCCCCCGGAUUCCACCAUGUGCCUCAUUGGCGCCCGGGCACCGCCUGACGCUAAGUUCGACCCACAUCAAACGUUGCCCGAGCACGACGAGCAGCCAGGCCCCGAGUUCGUGUCGGCGGGCGUGUCGCUAUUCGUCGGCGGCGGCGCGUGCGGCGGCGGCGUGCUGUACCGACAGAGGACCGCGCCGACUCCGCGCCCGCCCGCGCACCUCGUCCCGCCGGCAUCGCACGACCGCCUCUGGAUGUGGAAAUGCUUCAACUAUACGAGCCAGCUUUCAACGGACGGGGUCACAAUAACGGCUCCAUCCGAAGCCGGCCGCUGGUCACUCUGGGCCCUAUCCCUGUCCAACCGAGGCCUGCGGUUCUCAGCACCACGUACCAUCAAUGUUUUCCGCCCGAUCCAACUGGACUUUGCGCUGCCACCGGCCCUUAAGGUUGGAGAGACGGUGGAAAUCGAUGUGAAGAUUACUAACAACAUCAACAACUGUAUGGAUGUGACAGCUCUCCUGGCUCUAAGCGCCGGGGCAGCGUUCGCGAGCACCGGCGCGUUGUACGUCACUGAGCGUUUGAGGCUGGGACCGCGUGGCGGCACUCAGCUGGUGGUCAGGGUCGCUGUCAACACGCCGGGCAGGAAAAAUAUUACAGUUGAAGUGACAGGUUACAGCGCUGACAACUGCUCAGUGUCCUACUCUUCGUUCAACAACGAGACACUGGUGGGCUCCGUCAUCCGCUCUGCUAGCGUCUUAGUUCUGCCAGAAGGAUUGCACCGAAGCGACACACAGAGUGCCUACUUUUGUGCCAACGAACACUUAGCGGUAUCAUCCCGAGGCUCAUGGGAGUGGCAGUGGGUGGCAGCCCCUCGCAACCGCGCUGGCUUGGUGUUGGAGUUGCGAGCGCAGGGAGCCGCGCACGUCGCGCUGUCUUCUGUGCGCGAGCCUAAUGACGACAUGUACCGUGUGGUGUUUGAGAGGAGCCGCGUGUGGAUCGCUAGAGGAAAGCAUGGUUACGACGUGCACUUGGCCAGCGCGGAGCAAACGGAAGAUGACUCUGAGUGCACGGGUGCGGAUUCUUGGUGCGCCUGGUGGGUGUGGUGGGAAGGCUCGCGGCUGUCAGUGGGGCGUGGAGCUGCACCUUCGGAGCGAAGAUUAUUAGUGUGGCCCUUGGCUGCAGACACUCGCGUGAAGUUCGUCGGCUUCAGUGCGCUGUGGGGAGACAAGGCGGACUUCAGAAUAUGGAAUUUCAACGAAGAGGCCGGCUUCUCGCAAGUGUUGGAACUUGGUCUGCCGCACGGCGUGGUACCUGGAUCAGCCAGCGGGACCCUUCUAGUCUCCGGCGGUCUGCAUCUGCCCCUUUACAGCCUGCAGUCAGACCCGACCGACCAGUGGUCGGAAGUCUGGCGAGACUCGCAACUGUCUGCGGCCGCUGCAAGCUUGGCCCCGCUGUUGGCUUUGGAACACAUCCCGCAUUUGGUUGACGAUGCUGAGAGGGAUAGGAUAUUAAAAAAGCUGCCUGAGCAGGUCCAAAUCCUCCUGUCAUUCCGCAAAAACGAUAAUUCCUUCAGUGAGCAUCCCGGAAUGAGCAGUCACUUGUCGACUAUCAAGAUCCUAGAAAUCCUUACAAAAAUACAGUCGUACUAUCCGAUUGACCCAGAUCUGUUGCAAUCCAUUAAAAGGUGGAUUCAAAAUAGGCAGAAUCCUGAUGGGUCCUUCACACCUAUGGCAGCUGAUAAAGAAGUAGAUUACUAUCCAGCAGAAAUAACUAAAAUAAAUGGAACAACCAAAGACGUCGAUGUUAAUGAGUAUUACUAUUAUGACAAAGAUGGCAAUAUGACGGAGGAAGAAAUUGAAUGGGAGAGAAGAGUCGAAGUUACUGCGGAGACGUUAGUUGCUUUGUUGGAGGUUGGAGUUGAAAGUCAGAUGGAUUCAGAAAUCGCAAAACGAGCGCAGACAUAUUUAGAGAAGAAUCUCUACAAUCUAACAUCUCCUGCUGCCCUUGCAGCAACGGUACUGGGACUCGUACUGGCAAGGAGCCCAGUAGUUCCAGAAGCUCUAUUGAUUCUGAGGAACGCUUCGACCACUGAAGAAGGCGAAUUUGGCUGGCCGGCGCCAAGAAAAGAUGCUGCUGAUUGGCUCUUGGAGGAAACGUCCAGAAGUAUCAAGACUACAUCAUAUGAGGCAGUAACAAUGGAGCAAUACGUAGCGGGCGUCCGGGUGUUGCUGGCAGCAUGCGCACGAGGCGCCCUUGCCGAAGGAGAAGCAGCCGCCAGAUUCCUGUACUACCGGGCUUCUACCCUGCAGCGGCAUCCCAGUCUCGCUUAUCAGGCCACCAAGGCCGCUGCGCAGUACGCUGCUCUAGCCCACGAUAGACACCGUGCGCUGACGGUGUCACUGGCCACAGCCGGCAUGGAACUGACGGAUACUCUGGAGUUGCGCGCGCGCUCCGCUCCGCGGCCGCUGCAGCUGCCGGGACUGCCUACUAAAGUGUUCGUGUAUGCCACUGGCGCCGGUUGUGCCACUGUACAGGGUACCAUAGCAUACUCUACGUAUACACCGAAACCAGAAAACGCCCUGCUUAAUAUACAAGCUGCAAUUAUUGAAGAGAUCCGACCAGAAAGAAGUAGCUUAGAAGAUUUACAAGGAAAUCUACCAACUAUAAUCGUCAAGACAUGUUUCAGGUGGAAAAAUAAAGAGCGGUCGGGCAUUCUGCGUCUCGAAGCGUCUCUAUUUUCUGGUUAUGAACUACACUCCGUCAACCCAGUUGUUCUUGACGGCGCAACGUUUGCUGAUUUGCACUAUGGAUCCAGAGGAGAGUCUGUGUGGUUCGUCUUUGCUAAUAUAAGCUCAACCUGUCCAGUCUGUGUAACCUACGAGGCAAGAUCGAAAUUCAUAAUCAGCAGUCUACGUCCUGCCUUUGCUAAAAUCUACCCCUCCACUAGACCCGACCUCGCUGUUGAGACAUUUUUCCACGCAAGACCUGGCAGUCCAUUAUUACGAGGAAUCACGGAUGACGACUUCAUUACUUGGUUUGACAAAACAGAACUAGCAAGCCUGAAAACAAAUGCUAAUAUCGAUAAUAUUUGUGAAUGUGGACGUAUAUGCAGUAGAGACUAUGAAUUCAAAAAAAGUAUAAAUGAAUCUAUUAAGUAUAAAAAACCCACUCAGAAACAAGGAAAAGGAAAUUCUGCAUUUGUAACUACAACAAAGACUUUAACUACAACCGAACAAGAAAUUUCUACUCAAGAACCUAUUCCUAUGAAACAAACAAUUACCACUGGCCAAGAAUCUACUAAGCUAAUAUCAACUAUUGGAAAAGAAGACACUACCGAACAACAUACUCCUACAGAACAUUUAACAACUGUUAAUCAACAAGUUACUACAGAACGGUCUCAGGAACUUAUAACAAAAAACAUACAGACUUAUCAAUAUCGGAAGCCAAAACUCAAGUGCCAACUGUAA